GGAUUGGCCUGCGGCGGAGACGGAAGCGGCCGGGGGCCGAGUUGCCGGAGCCCUGUCGGGGCGAUGUGGAGCGCGGGCAGCGGCGGAGCUGCUGGACCGGCGCUGCUGGGACUGCUGCUGGCGCUCUCGGUGCCGGGCAGCUGUGCCACCAAGAUCGGCGCGGAGCUCGUGACCUGCGGGUCGGUGCUGAAGUUGUUCAACACGCAGCACCGAGUGCGGCUGCACUCGCACGACAUCAAAUACGGAUCCGGCAGCGGACAGCAGUCGGUAACCGGCGUGGAGGCGUCCGACGACGCCAAUAGUUACUGGCGGAUACGCGGCGGCUCGGAGGGCGGGUGUCCGCGCGGGUCCCCGGUGCGCUGUGGGCAGGCUGUGCGGCUGACGCAUGUACUCACCGGCAAGAACCUGCACACGCAUCACUUCCUGUCGCCGCUGUCCAACAAUCAGGAGGUGAGCGCCUUUGGGGAGGACGGCGAGGGUGACCACCUGGACCUGUGGACGGUGCGCUGCUCAGGGCAGCACUGGGAACGGGAGGCUGCUGUGCGCUUCCAGCACGUGGGCACCUCUGUGUUCCUGUCAGUCACUGGUGAGCAGUACGGGAGCCCCAUCCACGGGCAACACGAGGUGCACGGCAUGCCCAGCGCCAACACGCACAAUCGGUGGAAGGCCAUGGAAGGCAUCUUCAUCAAGCCCAGCGCGGAUCCCUCUGCGGCUCACGAUGAACUCUGAGUGUCAUGGAUGGCUGGACGGAGGGCAGUAGGGUGGGUCAUCUGCAGGGCCACGCUUAUGGGAGACUUUGGGUUUGUAGGGGUUCUGGUUCUCAAGUGCCUUUAUGAUUAAAGAAUGUUGGUCUGUG